GGGGGCCAAAGUAAGUCCCAGGAGGUUUCUGUGGGGUGAAAAAAGGUAUUUUAGGGUAUUAAAAGACAUUUUGGGGUGAUUUGGGGGGUGACUUGAGGCUUCUGGAGCCUCAGGGCUCACAUGGAUUUUUCCCACAAAAGAACAGGUUUUAGUGGUUUUUGGUGUUUUUUUACAGGGGUGGCACAAGACGGGAUCUGAUGGCUCCUCCUUCCCUUCUGUGCACUCUCCAGUGCCAGCUACCGGGGCUGGGAGUUCCAUGCUGUGAUCCCACAGAACGACAACGAGUCCCCCAGCACGUACCUGCAGCUGCUGCUCGCCUUCUAUGGCCCUGCUGACACCCAGGUGUCGGGGAUGCUCUGUGGCAGCUCCAUCACCCAGAACACCACCCUGAGACCAGAUGUCACUGUGCCCUUGCCCUUUCCUGCUACCCUGGAACUCACUGGAAGCCACACUUCCCAUAAAACCUUGGUGAUUGAGGCCAGUGCUGACAUCUCUGUGACGUCUGUCAGUACCAAUGGCUACACUGUGGAUGCCAUUGCCUUCCUACCUAUGGAGAGCCUGGGCAUCAGGUACUAUGUGGUGACACCGGUUGGGAACUAAACUUGCGGCCUGACUGAGUUUAUGGUGGCCACUGACCCCACCACCAUCACUCUUAGCAUCAGCACCAGCACCACUUUCCACUUUGCUGGGGCCACAUACAUCCCCGUUGCCGUGCUCCGCCUAUUCCUGCAGCCCUACCACAGCCUGCAGCUCCAGAGCAGCCAGGACUUCACUGGCACAGUUGUGGUGGCCGACACCCCUGUGGUCGUCCUCAGUGGCCACACCUGUGUCAAGGUAUCUGCUGGAUUUGACUUUGUGGUGGAGCAGUUCCUCCCAAUGACAGUGUGGGGGAGGAGCUACGUGGUGCCACCCAACCCACUGCAGACAGAGGCUGAUUUUGUUUAUGUGGUGACGGAUGAAGACAACACCGUCAACUACAAUACUGGGAGCAGGAAUGCCACUGUGGCCAUGGCAACAAGGGAGGUGCAGACAUUCGUGGUGAACUGUGGGGUGCAGAGGUUCAGGGACAUCACGCCAUAACCAAUAUGAUCCAGUGAAGCCAAAUUUAUUAUCCCUAAAAGGACUAUAUUUAUAAUAAGUUUCUACUGUUCACGUGUCUAUAGCUAAUACAUGAUUGGUUAAUCCUAGCUGUUCACGUAUCUAAAAUGGAAUGCUGAUUGGAUCAUCUAAUUUUUCACACAUCUUGCUGUGGUUGUCUGGCCCACCCACAAUCAUGUAUAGCUAAUACAUGAUUGGUUAAUCCUAGCUGUUCACGUAUCUAAAAUGGAAUGCUGAUUGGAUCAUCUAAUUUUUCACACGUCUUGCUGUGGUUGUCUGAUUGGAUCAUCUAAUUUUUCACACGUCUUGCUGUGGUUGUCUGUCUCUUUUUUCUCCCUUUCUCAAGCUUGCUGACAAACUUGCUGAGUCCUGAUGACUCUUCUUCUUGUAUCUUUUUCAAGGACAUACCGACCCCAUUUCUGAAUAUGUCCAUUAUCCAUUGUUUGUGAACGUGUCCAUUGUCCAUUAUUACAAGCAGGCUCGAUUGUGCAUUGGCUGAACGUGGCCAUUGUCUUGCAAAAACUCCUCAACCUGCAAAAAUCGUCAACAGUGAACCAUAACUCCCACCUGUAGAUCAGUGCAGUGGUGGCAGUGCAGUUGGUGUUCUUCUUCAGUGGGUCAUCUUGGCAAGAUCCCUUCCUCCUUCUUGUCCCACCUGUCACCGCCCAUUGCACUGCAUUCCGCUUUAGCAGUGUGCCCAGCCAGUAUAGCCAUGCCAUCCUCAUUGCACCCACCACUACCACUGCCACCACCACCCUCAACCAUUGGCCAGACAACACAGUGGCAUGGCAGGCCAUUCCUGGCACAGAUUUCUCCUGGGCCAGCAUCACCAUGAGUGCAAUGAUGCAGAGUGCUGAGAACUCGUAGGUGCCCAUUGGGCUCCUGGUGUCUGGGUUCCAGACUCACACUGGAUAUGGUUUCCUGGGGCUCUGUGCUGCCAUCCCCACAGCAGUCUCCUGUGAGGAUUUGGUAUGCGAGAGGUGUGAGAUGGUGGAUGGACAACCAGAGUGCAUCCAGGAGACUUUCUCCACCUGUUGGCUCACUGGUGGGCCACACUACUGCAGUUUUGAUGAAAAACCUUUGAUUUCAUGGGAUCGCGGGCCUACACCAUGACCACCAUCUGCAAUCCUGAUCCCACCCUUCCUACUUCCUCUGUUGAGGUCAAAAAGGAGGAAAAAGGAGAACUCCAAAGUUUCCUCCAUUGGCUCCAUCACCAUCCAAGUCAACAACGUCACUGUCACUGCUGUCCAGUCAGAGAAUGGUAUGGUGAGGGUGAGCAACCACCGCUUGUGCCUCCCCAUUUUCCUCUGCCACAGGAAGGUCUGCAUCCACCAGAAGGGUAAAUCCAUGUUGAUUCAAUCAAAUUUCAAGCUGAAGGUCCUCUACAGCUGGGAUGAUCGUGUAGUGAUCAAACUUCCGGCUGCUCUUUCUAGAAAAGUCUGCGAAAUGUGUGGGAAAAACAAUGGGGAUCCCCAAGAUGACACUCUCUCUCCUGAUGGAAAACAAAUGGUUUCUUCUAUGACCUUGGCAAGGAAUUUUGGAGUGACCUCCCUUGCAUCCAACACUGUGUGUGUGACGCAGAGCAGCGGCAGACAGUGUGCUGGGAUUCUGGUUGUGGCACUGAAGAGGGAUGCCAGAUGGAGGAGGAUAUCCAGGAUUGUUAUCCCAAAAUUUUUGGGGUCUGCACUGCUGUCGGAGCCACCCAUUAUGAGACCUUUGAUGGCAAGGCAUUCAUCUUCCAGGGGAUGUGUGUCUUACGUGUUGGUAGGGUUGUCUGAGGACACCCAAAAUUUGGUGGGAUGCCAGGUGUUGGUGCAGAAUGGCCACCUUAGUGACAACCUCGUGUCGUCCAUUGCCGUGGUGACAGUCAAAGUCUACAAGAAAACCAUCAGCAUCAGCAGGGAACAUGCUGGAAAAAUCAUGACUGAUGAGCAGUUGGUCAAUCUCCCGUAGCACUACAGUGAAAGAAAGAUUGUUGUCUAUUGUCACGGGCAGGACGUGGUGGAAGUGACCAAUUUUGGCCUUGUUGUCACCUAUGACUGGUACAGCCACAUCACCACCAUGGUGCUAGUGGCUUCACCAAUGCCCUGUGUGGGCUCUGUGGGAACUACAAUGGCACUGCAAGCAAUGACAUGAUGAUGAGGAACAACCAUGUGACGUCAGACCCAGAUGCCUUCAGGAGCAGCUGGAAGGUCACAGAUGUCCCAGGAUGUGGUGAGAGGUCAACAGUGGAAUGUUCCAGCACCCUUGCACCUUCCUGGCUGCAGCAGGAAGUCUCUGAGAUGGGGUGUGAAAUUAUUUUGGAAGUGGAUGGACUCUUUAGAGGAUGUCAUGGUCAUGUUGAUGGCCAUCAGUACUUCUAGAGCUGCAUCCAUGACUCCUGCCUGUUCCCUGAUCAGGAAGAAGGGAUGUGUCCAAUCAUUGCCCUCUACGCCACCACAUGCCAGGCUGCUGGUGUGUCCAUUGAGAGGUGGAGGACAGAUAAUUUCUACUGUAAAUUGGGACAAUGGGAGGGUUUUUCCUUCAGCAGUAUACAAAGGAUCCUCAAGUCUGCUCCAAAUCUAUGUAUGAACAACCCGGAGGCGCAUGGGAAUCCCACCCAAAGUCUUGGUUGAUCCCAUAAUUCACCCAAAAUAAACCCUUCCUAAGGAAGAAGUUGUCUCAUCUGGAAUACCUUACCCCCUCAAAAUCUCCAAUUUCCUGGUGUUGGCUACAAAGUGGAUAAUUUAGAGGGAGAACCACCAAAAAAUGUACUAAAAAUAGUGGAAUUGGGUUAAAGGGAUCCAGCCUGGAGGUCAGUUGAGGACCCAGUGUGGAGCAAUCCCAUUCUUUGAGUGAAUAUUUCAUUUUUCGCCAUAAAAAUGUGAGAAAUCGUGUGGUUUAGAGGAAGAAUUCCUAUUGUAAUGGGAUGGCAUAUUCCUUAUGGAUGAUCAUUGGAUCAUCAUCAGAUAAUCGUUGGAUUGUCAUUUGAUGAUGCCCCUUGUCAUGUGCACAGGGAUGAAAAUCAAGUUUGCCAUGGGCUAAAAAGCUCUGUAUUAGGUGAAGUUUGCACUUGAAUUCCAGGAAACUUCCAGGAUUUGGCUUGGAAUUUCCUGGUUCCUCAUGAAUCCCAUUGUCUCCUGGCAGAUAUUCCCUGUCCUUCCAACAGCUCCAAUGAGCUCUGCUCGCACACCUGCCAGCACACCUGCGGCGCUGACUCUGCCACAUGCCAAGGGCAGUGCCACGAGGGCUGCAUGUGUCAGGAUGGCGUCGACAAGUGUGUGCCCAUGUCCCACUGCAGCUGCAGCCACCAUGGAGUCUACUACAAAGAGGGGGAGACAUUCUACCCCACAGAGCAGGAGAUGUGCCAGUGCCUCUCUGGUGGCACUGUGGAGUGCCAAAAUACUUCCUGUCAUGUUGGCCAUGGGAAGGUUGUCAGUGAUGUCUUCCAGUGUACCUCGCAGGUGUCCAGCACCUGUGUGGCCACAAGGGACCACACCUAUGUCACCUUUGAUGGGAUGGCCUUCAACAUCGCUGGUACUUACUCAUAUGUCCUCACCCAGACCGGUACAGUGUGACCGUGUUCACAGGCAUUCUUGGAUGAGGGAAGAGACGAGAAUAUUGACUCCAUGUUCAGAAGGCUUGAUUUAUUAUUUUAUGAUAUAUAUAUAUAUUACAUUAUGACUAUACUAAAAAGAAAAAGGAGGACAGGUUUUCCCAGAUGCUAACAUCUGGGAAUAGAAUAGAAAAGAAUAGAAAAUAAAAAAAUGAUAACAAA